CCACGUGCGUGCGACCAGGGUCUACUUUGCCUUUGAGAAACAGCAUGUUGUUGGUAUUGAUUUGCUGACUUAUACUGUGGACCAUUACUUUGGUAAGUCGCAUCACCCAUAACCCUUUUUCCAGCUGUAAAGAGUAGGAGUUUGGAUCUUUGUUGUCACUAUUGGCAGUUUUUCAGCAAGUAACCACAUACACAUUGCUGUGGCCCUGAAUGGGAAUGUGUUGAGAAACGUAAUACCAUUCUCCCAGCAAAGUCAGUUGUAAACAUACACGGUCUGAAAAUGUUAAAAUGUAGUUGGCCUGCGUUUAGUAGGCUAGUACAGUAGGCUACUUUAGAACCAUAGUUCUAAAGUAGCCUAUUACUAGUGGUAAUAGCACUGUAGUAAUACUGUAUUACAAAAGAGUUUAGGUUGAUUGGUGGUAUUGUACCAGUAUGACAACUCCUGCUAUUAAUCAGGUCUGUCUAAUUCAUGUUUUAAACGCUACACUCUGUAUCCCUCUUGCUCUUUUCCUCCAUGUAUCCAGUCACUCUCCCUCCUGCCUUCCCCAUCUGUGCUUUUCUCACAUGCUUUCAUUGCAAAAGAAGGCUACUAGGUAAAGCCUUAAAACACUCCCUCUGACAGAACUUUGACCAGCCAAGCAGACCUCUCUGACCUCUGAGAACCUGCCUUUUAUUGGCUGAGAAUUCCAUGGACCCCACCCCGCCUUGUCCUCCAGAAGCAAGCAGUGUGAAUCUUGUGUCUCUGCCACUGCUGUGUUCCAAGCAGUGGACGAGACAGCUAAGUUGUAAGGUAAGUUGUCUCUCUCUUUGCCUAAAGCAAGGAGUCAGAGCUCAAUUUGACAAGGCAAGACAAUAUUAUUUUGUUUCAUUUAUAUAUCAUAGCCCACUGGCUUUGAGGAUUGAGUGGGACCUUAGAAAAUAUGAUGUAAUGAAAUCAAAAGUCCACUUUUAUCCAAAAUAAAAUGAUCAGUGAAUUUAGCUUGUGAUGCUAAUAGCCUAUAAAUCAAUGAAAUAUAAUUAAUUAGUCAUUAGGAAUAUUUUCCUUCUUAUUCCAUAAUGUUAACCCUUUGUUUCUCCCCAUGAAUUCAACAGUAACAAUGAGUCGAGCCUGGGUCUUGUUUAAGGCCCACCCCUACAUCAGCAACGUAGUCGGAUACACAACCCUGUUUGCCUCCGCGGACCUUAUACAGCAAAGCAUGCUUGGAGGGAAACAGAGUGGUGGAUUAAACACAGACAAGGAAUCACUCACCAUCCAUGACUCAGAGGGGGCCAAGCUGAACAUGGAGGGAACCAAGAUUUCCAUGGGUACUAAAAGUGUCACAACAUGGGCUGGUAUUGACUGGUCCCAGACCGCUCGAGUGGCCCUUGUUGGGUUCUGUUUCCAUGCCAACUUCAACUACCAUUGGCUGAAGGGGCUGGAGAGGAUGUUGCCAGGGGGAGGGGCCAAAAGGGUGUCAGGGAAGGUAGUGCUGGAUCAACUGGUUGCUGCCCCCGCUACUAUCAGUGCCUUCUUCAUAGGUGUGUGUUUGUUUGUUGUGUGUGUGUGUGUGUUUGUGUGUGUUCGAGCGUGCGUGCCUGUGGCUGAGGAGUAAGUUUCACUCAUCCCCAAGUACUACAUGUGCGUGCGCGUGUGUGUGUGUGUGUGUGUGUAAGGCUUGAACAUUGUUCUAUAAUAUGUGUUUCUCUUUUUAAGGUCUUAGUGUAUUAGAAAACAAAGAGGACCCAUUGGAAAACUGGAGGGAGAAAUUCUGGACUUCAUACAAGGUAUGGAUGCAGAGCAUGAAUUUGUGGCUAAAGGAAGAGGGCACAACACUUGAAUAGAUGAAGGUAUAUGUAAAUGAUGUAAAUGUAUAGUACACCACAACCACAUUAAUGGUCUCUCUCUCUCCCUCUCUUUUGUUGUGUAUGACAGACUGGAGUGGUGUACUGGUCAACAAUGCAGGUAGAAAACAACAACAACACAUUAUUUGCAUACACACACACACACACACACACACACUGAUUCUCUCUCUUUCUUUCUCCAUUCAAUUCAAUUCAAUGGGAUUUAUUGGCAUGGGAAACAUAUGUUUACAUUGCCAAAGAAAGUUAAAUAGAUAAUAAACAAAAGUGAAAUAAACAAUAAAAAAUUAACAGUAAACAUUACACUCACUCACUCACUCUCUCUCUCUCCCCUCUCUUUCUCUCUCUCUCAGGCAUUGAAUUUCUCCUUGGUUCCCCCAGUUGCUCGUACAGUGUUUGUGGGUGGCAUCACGCUGGUGUGGACAGUCUUCCUGUGCCAUUUCAGACAGCAGAAAGAUGAUACACAAACCCAACCCCCCUCUCAC